AUGCAGGAAAACAUCUUUUGUGGAGGAGGAAUACAGGUAAUCAACUCCCAGACACGAUCAUGAAUUGCCCGUUGGAUGGUGGAGUGUUUGCAUUUUAUGGAUCUGUUGGGAAGCAACUAAUACACAGUAAGAGCAAUUCAUAGCCGCCAACCUUGGUCUGCCAGAUAAUGUCCAGUGCAGCCCCAAAUUGGGAUAAAAUAAAAUGCAUUGAAGCUUGUUCAAUCCAUAUGAAUCACUCCAGUUUUAUAUCAUUUUUCUAGGACUCUGCAUAGAAGGGGGGAAUUUGAAUUCAGUUCCCUAGGACUGAGGUGCCCCACCACCUUGCCUAUUUCCUGCAACCAUGUUUGCACUGCCCAGAGACCGAUGUAGAGCCUAGCACAAUCUGUCCAUGCCUCUCACCCUAGUGCUUGUGUUGCCAGUGCCACCAUUAAUUCUGUGAUACACCUUAAAUACGUUGCACACAGUUGACAUUUAUGCACAGUUAAUUUGGGUGCUAUGGAGAAUAGAGAGUAGAGAUGGCAACAAUACAAGAAACUGGGCAGAUAGUGGGGCACAUUAGGAAGGAGGAUGCAGUAGGCAUGGGGUGUGAUAGGUUGGCACCGAACCAGGCUGGCUCUUUCCCUAAUUUGCAUAUGAAACAAACACUGUUUCUUGUAAUUCUGUAUACAGAUACCUUCAGCAUUCUACAUGCUGCUUCCUGCGGCCCUCUGUCAGUGCCAGCCACAGAGGAUACAGGUAAAUCAACUGUUUGAGUCUAGAUAAUCCUGCCAGGCAAGCCUUCCAGACUUUAGUUUCAUAUGAGAGUCCUCAGAGUCAGAAGAGACAGGCUCAUCCAUAUCAAAGUGUUCCUUUACAGAUAAUCUUAUAUACAUAUAUUUUAUGUAAUCCAGUUUCUCUUUAUUUCUAGCCCAUUGUGUCCUACACCUUCAGGGUAACUAACAAAAACAAUUGUUGGUAAAACAGAACAAUGUACUUGAUCUAAGUUUAAUUAAUGCUUCCCACCCUUUCCCAACAUUCAUGAGUUCCAAAGGCCAAUCAAAAGAUGUAGGCUUGGGCUGGGGAUGCGUCAAUGGUGUGAUACUCAUUGGGGAUCUCUAGCUCCCAUAUUAUUGCUGUGGUCUGAACCACUGAGCCUCUUGGGCUUGCCAACUGUAAGGUCAACAGUUCGAAUCUACACGACAAAUCCUAGAAUCUAGACCAAUCCUAAACAAACUUGGGCUGAUUUGGGUUGAUUGAGGAUUUUCCUAGAGUGUCAGGGCUCUAGACCAGAUUGAGGAGUUGGUUGAGUGGUUAGGGUUGGUUGAUGAGGAGGAGGAGGUUGGGAAGGACAUGCAGGCAGCUAUGCUCACCCAUCUUUCUCACCGCUGACUGCAUGAUUAAUUUCAGUUUGCAUUUCUUAGUCCAGAAAGUAUUGAUCUGAUGUGUAGAGAUCUUUUCUAUUCUAAUUGAUUCAAGAGGGUUCUGGAAGCUUCUUGGUGUGAAAGAAACAAGCAGAAGGUGUGGUGUUCUGGUGUGGUGUUCUGAAUGGUAUGCUUAGUGUUAAGCUUUAGACUUAUUAUAAGUUAUUGUAAGUUUAAGUCUGCUGCAACUGGAUGUCUUAUGGACUGUGCCAAUCCUGAAUGUACAGUGGUACCUCAGGUUACAUACGCUUCAGGUUACAUAUGCUUCAGGUUACAGACUCCGCUAACCCAGAAAUAUUACCUCGGGUUAAGAACUUUGCUUCAGGAUGAGAACAGAAAUCGUGCAGCGGCAGCAGGAGGCCCCAUUAGCUAAAGUGGUACUUCAGGUUAAGAACAGACCUCCAGAAUGAAUUAAGUUCUUAACCCGAGGUACCACUGUAUUGGAUUUAUGACCAUUAUGUUCAUUUGCCUUCAGUAGCAGUAAAGCUCUGCUGGAUGAAAUACAAUUGCCCCUGGCCUGUUUUUUGGGAAUCCUGCAAUGUGUUUAAGUUGUUACUCUGCUCACUAUGCAUUGGAAUCUACUCUGGAUCAAUACUGAGUAGAAUUUCUCAGUUCUCAUACUGAGAGCCAGUAUGGUGUAGUGGUUAAGAGCAGUAGUCUUGUAAUCUGGUGAACCGGGUUCGCAUCUCCACUCCUCCACCUGCAGCUGCUGGGUGACCUUGGGCUAGUCACACUUCUGUGAAGUCUCCCAGCCUCACUCACCUCACAGAGUGUUUGUUGUAGGGGAGGAAGGGAAAGGAGAAUGUUAGCCGCUUUGAGACUCCUUAGGGUAGUGAUAAAGUGGGAUAUCAAAUCCAAACUCUUCUUCUUCUAGAAUUUCAAUGACAUAAUAUGGGUUUAAAGCCCUAGUAAAACGUACAGCUGUGCUAUGCCUCCAGUUUGGUUUGGGGUCUGCAAUGGGUCCUGGUCAUCCCGGAUUGGACUGGGCCCAAGACAGGAUCGGUGUACGUAUUUACACAUGUGUGUGCACACAUGGUAGGGCAUAAGCACAGCCCACCUCCAGACCAUUCUACGAUGCUGGCUUGCGGUGUCCUGACUGUGAUCCAAUUCAGGCACAUGAGGUGGCGACUGCCUUGGGCAGCAGGAUCCACAGGCGCAGCAGAUCCAGCCUCCAAGGAAUCUCCCGCUGCUGCAGUGGCAGUGACAGCUGCAGCAAACUCCUUGGAGACUGGAUUUGUCACCCCUAGUGCUGCUAGUCUCUUCCUACCCUUGUUCCCAAUGGCAUUUUGUGUUUCGCCUCAGGUGUCCCAAUGUAUUGGACCCAGCCUGGGUGGCAUCUAGAACUGUAGAAGCUGCUCCAGGAGGCUGCCUCACUUGUGAUAAACCUUACAUGUACAACAAUACAAACACAGCACGUAGGCUUAUAGUUAGUAGAGAAUAUAUAAUGGAAUAAUGAUAUCAUUCAAAUUAUAGAACUAAGCCCAUCAAAGUUCAUAUGUACAAUAUAACAGAGUGGUAGCGAGGACCGCCAAGCCGUGUGUUCAAAAUAGAUGUCUAAGGACGUCUCACAAUAGUCCUUCAAAAGUUUCAACGGAAGAUGUCUCAAAAGCCUCAAAAGGACAUGUCUCCGGAAUGAUACUACUGUUUUGUAAUAGUCUCUGUAUUAGCCAACGUGUUGUGUUUGUAUUGUGAUUAAACCUUACAUGUAGGCAGUGAAUGCGUUUCCACCACAUGCUGACUGUGCUGGACAGAAUGGGUGCAUUCUGAGCACUGGCUAGAAUCUGCAUUCAACACCACCAGCAUCUUGGAUUCCUUGGUGGAUUAUAUGUAGCGUGGGCAGAAUUCACAAGCUUUCCUUAAUCUGUCCAAUGUGCCACAACAGUAUAAAUGAAAUCUUCCCAUAAUGAAUAUAUAGUCCUGUUCUUGAAAGCUGAACAUUUGUAGUCCAUGAAAUAUGCCCCAGCUCCAUUGCAGGAGAUAUAGAUCACUCUAAAUCUUACGUAGACAUAGCUGGGAGUAAACUGAACUCUCUGGGACUUACUUCCAAGUAAACAUGCAUAAAUUGUAUGUGUGUUUCCUUGUUGACUGGUAUUUUGUUGUGGGCAAAGUUUGCAAAUUGUGCAUUCUGUCAUUUUGACAGUAAGAAAAUGCCUUCUGGUGCAUACGUUUUGUACCAUUUUUUAAAAGAUCAUUUAGAUAACACAAUAUGGCAACCAUAUUGGAAGUGCAUAACAGACCAGACUACCUUUUUUAAAAACACACACACAAAACGUGGUCUCCAAUUUAGAGCAUAACUAGGACCAAGCUACAGCUAAAUUAUCUGCUUAGAUUACAGUGGUACCUCGGGUUAAGAACUUAAUUUGUUCUGGAGAUCUGUUCUUAACCUGAAACUGUUCUUAACCCGAAGCAGCACUUUAGCUAAUAGGGCCUCCCGCUGCCGCUGCACAAUUUCUGUUCUCAUCCUGAAGCAAAGUUCUUAACCCAAGGUAAUAUUUCUGGGUUAGCGGAGUCUGUAACCUGAAGCAUCUGUAACCCGAGGUACCACUGUAUAUGGAUAGCUUAAUCUUUCACCCAGCAAUGCCACUCCUCCCAAGAUACAAGCAUUUGGUAUCUUACAGCAUACACCUCUAGCAUCUUUGUGCUAAGAAGACAUUCUGGCAUCUUAGCAGCUUCCAGGAGAGGGGAGAUGCGAGAAGAGUGUGUGCUACCUGAACACUUGAGUGUCUUGUGGUAUGGGAAGCUGAAUGGAAGAAGUCUAGGACUAGGGUAAAGGAUAGGUGCAGUCCCCAUUCAAAUCUGCAGGCUUUUGCUAUUGCCUUUAUAGAGGCACCCAAAUGCCCCCACUUUUAGUUGGCUACAGUUUUCAAAAUUAAUGUUUAAUUCAACCAGGCAAUAAGAAGAAAAAAGCCACAUGCAUGAAGGACCAUUUGUUUUGUAUUUUAUUGAAUUUCAUUUAUAUUAAAUUAAAAAUAUAUUUCUGACAGAUUCAUGUAACAAAAAAGCAGAACAGUUUUCAAAUUGUUCAGCUGGGAUGAUCAGUGUGGGAUGAAGCUAAAGCAGGUUGCAAUCUACAUUUGUCCUAACAAACAGAUAAAGUUUCCAAGGAACCUGGGAGGUAAUACAGAAAAAGAACAAUCCUAAUCACACAAAGGGAAGGAAAAGAGACACUGGUUUCUCCCAUAGCUUCCAAAAACAAAAGGAAAGGGAAAUGAUACUAAAAUAUAUAGAUAGCUAAAUAUUAACAAAAGUUAGUUAUGUAAUUUUUAACAGUGCAUAAUCCUUCAUAGCCGAAAGAUGAAAAAACUAAAGGUUAAAGUAACAUUACACCACACACAAUUUGUCAUAUCCUACUGUGUAAGCAGGUGCAGGAGGUUGAACACACCACAAUAGUGCUAACACAGAAUCACACAGAAUGUCAGAAUGAGACCUCCAAUCGAACCUGCAAGGAGAGAAACAAAUAGGGGGCAAAUGGGAGGGGGAAGGAGAGAGGAUGGAAUCACAAGCCAAUUACUUAUAUACAAAUCAACCUUAAGACAAUUAUGUUCCAAGGAAUGAGGCCCACAAAGGAAAAUAAAAACUACAUUAUCCUUAUUUACAUAUGCAACUAGCCAUGUCUUUAACAAGCUAUAAAAAUACUAUUCACAUUUUCAAAUUAACAUACAGUAGUUUUGUUUUUAAAUUUUUGUUUCAAAAAGGCAGCUAACUCUGAAUGCAUUGUGUCACAUGAAAUGAGGAUGCAAAAUCCACAAUACAUGGAUGUAUUGUGUCACUUUCCUGGAAGUUUACAAGGUGAAAGUAUUUUGUUCUUUGCAUUUUUAACAGUUGUACUAGGAAUGGAGUGAAAUAGCUAAACCCAGGAUGUUCUCACAGCCCAAUCCUAAGACAUACUGCACUAGCAAAUAAUUUUGUUUAGGAUGCAGCUUGGCUACAGUUCUGUCAACGAACAAUGUUGCUACACUGGGAGAGAUUCUUAAGAGACCAGGAUUCAAAUUUUUGUCUUUGUGUACACCAUCCCUGGGUCCAUCAUCUAAAAACAGCAGAGCAAAUUUGGGACUAAAGGAAGUUGACAAACUCACCACUUCUCUUUGUCAGAGUGUAUCAGUUGUUAGAAACUGGUCCAUAAUUCAAGCUUCCUAAAAACCAUGUGGCCAAAUAAUAUUUGGAAUAAAGAACUUUCAAUGCUACCAUAAACAUGUUGUGUUUCUUGCAUUUAACUAAAUUUAGCUCCACUGAAACCAGUCGGACUACCAGGGCAAUCCUAUGCGUAUCGUUGCAAAACUAAGCCCCACGGAGUUCAGUGGGGUUUACGAAUAGGGAAGUGCGUAUAGGAUCGCAGCAUUAAUUGCCCCAAAUCUGAUCUGGGUUAGGAAGCAGAUUGCGAUGCAUAUUUAUUUUAGAAAGGAAAGCAAUUUCCAUAUUGAGUUUUAUUCAAUAACAAAUUAAAGGCUUUUUAUUAAUAGGGAAAAACAUGUUAAACAUGUUAGAAUUUUUUUUAAAAUGGGCUGCAAUCUUAACAGGGAGUUCCAACCUAACAAAAUACAGUGCAUUGCAUGUGCAUAAAAAUUAUAUGCAAUACAUUUGCUUUUACCUUUCUCUUUAUCUGCUAUGAAGAACUUAAAGUUACUUUGCAAACUAGGUGAGUUUACCAGGUAGCAUGGCUUAGUCACUAUAGAGCUAAACAACUGAAUCAUUCCUUUAGAAUCAUAAGAGUUGGAAGGGACCCUGAGGAUCAUCUAGUCCAACCCCCUGCAAUACAGGAAUAAGCAGCUGUCCCAUAUGGGGAUCAAACUUGCAACCUUGGCGUCAUCAGACCACGCUCUAACCAACUGAGCGAGUGUGUGGAUCUGGUGGCCAGAACUAGAAAAGAGGGUGAAAAAAACCAACCUGCAGGUUCAUUUUGGAAAACACUCAACCCUAUGGAGAGUUUCUUUUAAAAAAACAAAAACCCUCAGAAAAUCAAUAUUUCAGCAGAGAAAAAGUUAAAGAACAGACAUAAUGUACAUUGUACUGGCUUUGAGCUUGACCCACAGUUCUGUUAGGGUAUAUACUUGCAUAUACUUGGGUAUAUGCAAGUUUAGUCUCAUUGAGAAUUGUGGCUCACUCAGAUGGGUGCAGAAUGUGGCAUGUGAACAUGUAGAUUGUUGCUGCUUGAACAGAUUGAACCAGUUCCUUCCCAUGUGUAGAACAGAUACCCUGUCUGUACCCAAAUGGCCAGUGAUUUCAACUGGAAUAAAAACUGUGCACACCCAAGCACUUCUUUUAACUGGAUUAUGCAUUUCCUGCUUCCAGAGGAUCAUUUUGUUUCCUUGCAUUCAAAGUUAGCUUACCUUUGCACAGCUGCUCAGUUUAAUUAUCGACCCAUUUAACAGCAGUACCGUUUUAUGCUACAUAUUUCAUAGUACCUCACUUCAAAAUAACGGAUUACAUAUCUACACUUAUAAAAUACCAUUCACAGUUUGUUACUGUGGUUAUCGCCCCCAAAAUGGUUUAGUCCGCUGAGAGCUUAUGGAUAAUAAUGCAAGCUGAGUUUCAUGCCAGUGGAAAGGAAUUGUUUUCAAACAAUGGUUAUUUAAAUAAUCCAAAUGAAGGUGCUUUUUCCUUGUGAGCAGCUGAAAGGUGCAUUUCAACUGGCCCACCUUUCAGUGCAUCCUGUCACCCUGGAUAGUACCUAUUCAAAUUUUGUUGUAAGGUUAGCCUCCCCUGUAAGUUAGCAAAAAGCUUGCUGUAUCACCCUGAUUUUCCCUCUCUCUUUUCAUUGACUUUAUGUUCCAGUCAGUUGCUAGGCCUAAUGUUAUUCAUUUGCUGUAAAUCCAUGCCCAUGAAAGCUGGUGUUUGACAAAGGACUCAGAUUUGCAAGACUCUUACAGUUUUUUUAAAAAGCAAAGCAUGCUUCUGCUUAUCAUGCUGGAAAUUAAUUUGAAAAUUAGCAAGUUGUGUCUGCACAACAAGGAAGUUUUUUCCAGUAAGCAUGAGUCCUGAAUGCUUGUUCACACUUCAUGGUCCCUACUCAUGUUCUACUAAAAACCUCCUUAACAACCCUCAGUUACUAAUGCCUAUCCUACAGCUUCUACCAACACAACUAGUGCAAAAGCAAAAACAACAACAAGAAGAACAAGAACACCCUUUGUAGCUGCUUCAGCAUAAUGCAUGCAACUGAUGAUUUGUAUGCAAAAAAGAAAACUUGCAUAAAUAUUAUUGAUCUUCUAAAUACAUAUUGAGUGCUGAAGUCCAUCUUUCUUGGUGGAGACUUUGAUGCAAAGUAUGAACAUCCCUUGCUAUAUGCUUUCAGAGGCUAAGGAAACUCACAACUUAAUGAAGCUAUGGUUCAGGAAAGAACUUACCUCUGUGCUGUGUAAAUUGAUCUGACACAAGUGUCUAACACAGGUACCAUCAAAGUCAAUUGGUUGUUCCCUGCUAAAUUUCAGCUGGUUUGCAUCAAGCCCCCAGGUGAUUAAAGUCAAAGAUGUGCAUAAGCACAUUUUCUGAAGUGGUAGGCUAUGUGCGCACACAAUGAUUACAACGAUCGCACCCAGUUGCAACAUGCUACCGCAACAAGAUCAAUAAUAAUUACAGCUAACCGUAUAAUCACUCUGUGAAUGUGGGAGUGAAAUGCCACUGUUUGUGCUGUAGGGAAUUACUUCACAAGGGAACAAGAAAAUUGAAAUCUAUCCCUUGCUUGUUUUUAAGUGCAAACACUGAAGGAAGUAAAAGAUACAAAUUGGCCUUUUACAUUCUGAAGUGCUGGUGUUUCUGGCCAUGGAACAUCCUUGGUUUACAUUUGUCCCUAAUUUUUAACAGUAGAUAUGUUAAAUAUCUACUGUUAAUUUUUAACAGUAGACAUAACAUUUUCCUUGUAAAGCUUUAAACUGAGUCAUGUAAAGAAAUAGCAUCCAAAGAAACAACUCCAAAUGCUUACUCCAACAUCAUUUUAUUUUUCUACAACCAUGUUCCUAAAGGGCUUAAACCUGAACUCUAGGCAAGGUCAAAUUACUGUAUUUUCCCGUGUAUAAGACUAGGUGUUGUUUUUUUUUAAGCAAAAAAUAGGUUUAAACUUGGGGCUUGUCUUAUAUAUGGGUAGUGCUGAGGGGUGUUUUCUUAAUUUGGAGUCCCCCAAAAUAGGGGGCAUCUUAUACAUGGGGGCAUCUUAUACACGGAAAAAUAUGGUAACUUAAUUUAAUUAACACAGCCACCCUUACAAUCGGUCACUCUGACUUCCUUGGGAAUGCUAGGCAAUGCGUGAAGGAUCUGUGAAGAUCCUAGAAGCAGCUAAAAACAUUCUCACCCAACUGUAAUGCCCAGGAUUCACUGAGGGAAAACCAUGCCAGGUGUAUAUAUAUAUAUAUAUAUAUAUAUAUAUAUAUAUAUAUAUAUGAAUGAUAUUUGUUAAUAUAGGCCAUUUAGCCUAGAUCUAUGAGAACACUAAAUCUAGUUCCUUUUAUUCUUGGUCUGAGUACUUGUGCUUACUAGAGAACUUUGUAUGGUUCAACAGCCGAUAAAGUUGGGGCAGUAUUAUAUACAGUGGUACCUCGGGUUACAUACGCUUCAGGUUACAAACUUCGCUAACCCAGAAAUAUUACCUCGGGUUAAGAACUUUGCUUCAGGAUGAGAACAGAAAUCGUGCUCUGGUGGCGCGGCAGCAGCAGGAGGCCCCAUUAGCUAAAGUGGUGCUUCAGGUUAAGAACAGUUUCAGGUUAAGAACGGACCUCCGGAAUGAAUUAACUACUCAACCUGAGGUACCACUGUAUCCCAUUUACCUGUUCUAUGAUACCGUCAAAAGUACCUCACAUACUAUGGAGCCAGCACAGUUACAACAUCCUAAACACAUCCAUGCCAGAUACCAACCAUUUUCAGUGUAUUUUGAUGCCUUGUUAAAUUAAUGCCUAUUAUAGAAACACAGUGAUUUCUUGCAUGCAUUAGUUUUUCUUUGCUGAAUACUCAACAUUAGCAGCACUGGGGAGUCUGAGUUUAAGUGAAAAUGAGUGAAUUAUAAGGGGCAUUGUUUUGAAAGCAAAGAGGAACAUGGAAACCAUAGAACUAAAUUUCCCAUUCCAAUAUGGAGAAAAUUAUAAAGAUGGGAUUGAAAGCAUCACACACAUCAAGUAAACCUUGGGAAUCCAAAUCUACCUUCCUGUCUGCUUGCACAGUAACUCUACAGCGCUAGUAGAAAGAAAUUUCUUCCGCUCUGCCCUCCUCCAUGUCUUCUGAACAUUUAAAGGUUUGGCUGCAGAAGGCAGAUGGGGCAGAUGGUGACAACAGUCAUGAAAUUAAAAUACGCCUGCUCCUUGGGAGAAAGGCGAUGGCAAACUUAGACAGUAUCUUAAAAAGCAGAGACAUCACCUUGCCAACAAAGGUCUGUAUAGUUAAAGCCAUGGUUUUCCCAGUGAUGUAUGGAAGUGAGAGCUGGACCAUAAAGAAGGCUGAUCGCCGAAGAAUUGAUGCUUUUGAAUAAUGUUGCUGGAGGAGACUCUUGAGAGUCCCAUGGACUGCAAGAAGAUCCAACCUCUCCAUUCUGAAGGAAAUCAACCCUGAGUGCUCCCUGGAAGGACAGAUCCUGAAGCUGAGGCUCCAAUACUUUGGCCACCUCAUGAGAAGAGAAGACUCCCUGGAAAAGACCCUGAUGUUGGGGAAGAUAGAGGGCACAAGGAGAAGGGGAUGACAGAGGAUGAGAUGGUUGGACAGUGUUCUCGAAGCUACAAACAUGAGUCUGACCAAACUGCGGGAGGCAGUGGAAGAUAGGAGUGCCUGGCGUGCUCUAGUCCAUGGGGUCACGAAGAGUCGGACACGACUAAACGACUAAACAACAACGACAACAAAGCAGAGGGCUACAGAAAAGUCUUAAAUGUAAAUAUAAUUGUUGUUGUUUAGUCGUUUAGUCGUGUCCGACUCUUCAUGACCCCAUGGACCAGAGCAAAUAUAAUUAAACAACACCAAAUAAAGAGAUACUUGCGUAGCUAAGGCACAAGGAAAACUACAACUAAAAACGUUCAGACAAGAUGACUUUGCCUUUCCCCAUUCCUUGACUGGGCAGAAUGUUCCUCACUUCUGUUGUUUUUAACUGAGAAUUUUGGAGCAAUAAAGGUGAUUUUUUUAAAUAAAUCAGCUGCUGGAAGCAUGCAGCACUUUCAGCUUCAGUUUUGGCUUCUGGUUUUAAUGAAGACUUUGAAAAUGUAACUCGCAGUGUUUCCUUUGGGCUCUGAGCCCAAAUAACAGCUGACAAGAAAUUCACAUCACACCUCUGUAAAGGGCAAUAUAAGGCAAUGUAUAAUAAUUCAGAGCGAAAAAAGCUCGCUCCCUUGGCGCAUGUGCCUUUCAAGAGAGGUAACAUUUCCCACAGUACCCAGAGUUCAGGCCCCUUUAUCUUCAAGUCGUGACUGCUGUGUGUUUUGGCUGGUUUGCUGUGUCCCUGCUUGAAGCAAAUGUCAAUUAUUUCCAUCCUUUGUCACUUCUGGAAGUUUCCUCAGUGAUAUUAACUACAGGAAGGCUAUGGCAGGGUAUUGCCUAACUUCUAUAACUUUUCCACAAAUUGUGCAAUAUCGGUACCUGUGCGAUUUCCACUGUGGCAGGGUAUAUUUUCUUUAAUCUACAGGAUGCAAAGCAGUUAGCAGUGCUAGCUACAGGGCUCUUCAACACAAACAGAAGGACGUCUGGCCUGAGGAUACAGUUCUCACAGCCGAGCUGCUACCGCUGAGAAGAUGAGGCUGGAAGCUUUAUUUACCCUGUUGUCUUUCUUAGCAGCAUGAUCCCAAUGAAAUCACGCUACUCACAGGCUUUUUUGCAUUUAAAGGGAGACAUGCUGGUUAUUAAAGAAGAAUUUUUUUUAAAAGGUAGUGAGAUGAAGAUUAAACUGCACUAAGAAUUCAUUUUGGUCUUCUGGAACAGAUCAGAGCCCAUCAUUUCAUGCAGUUUCCCAAAGAAUGAUGCCUAAGAAUACUUUGCCAAAGGCCGGACACGGCAGAAGCAAGCUGGGCGGAAGUGAAGUUGCCUGACCCUCUGGCGAUGGCGUAAGGACAAGCAUCCGUUUACUAAGCUAGAGGAAGGAAGCUAUCUCUACCAAGCAAAAAAUGCCCCCCCCCCAAAACAGAAAAAAGAAAUGCUUCCAGCUAGUUUAAAGGUUGCUUCUCCUUUUGCAGGAAGGGGAAUCAGACUGGUUGCUUAGGUAAUGGCGUAUAAGCAGGUAGCUUAUUUGAUACAUUCAAAGUUUUUAAAUAUAGCCUUGGUGUACAUGUGAGAAGAAAAGUCUGGACUAGGGAUGAGGGAAAGACUUGAUUCAGGAAGCACUGAAAGCCGAAUCGACCAAAUUUGUAUUUUAGAAACAAUAUGCAAAGCAAACCCAGCUAUCCUUCAAAACUGCACCAAAUUCAAGUUUUGUGAUGCAGUUUCCAACCUACCAUUGUUUACAAAAAUGCAUAUUUUAGGGGGAAGUGUAAAUAAAAAUGAAAAUAUUUAGGGAAAAUGACUUGCAGAAAUGAUUGUAUUAUGGAAAAAAAUGCUUUCAAAAAUAUGUACAUUAGUCAAAACUGCAUAUAAAAGGCAUAGCUCACCUACUAUGGAACUGCACAGUAAUCCAAUUUUCUGGAAGGAAGUGCAGGGCUAGAAUUAAUCUGGUUCUGUACAAAUCCCUCUUAACAGGCAACUCUACCACUGCAGUUGGUUGUGUACGUGCCAGGUGGGGAUUAUCAAAAGCGCAAGAAGGAUGGCUCCACUGAGCCAUGUUGUCAUCAAAACAAAUAUUGGAACUAUCUGGAGUACACCAAGCACAGCAACCUAGAUACAGGACCUCCUGCAACCAGCAUUCCAUGAGAAAAUUCUGCUCUACAAAGUUCAAGCUUCCAAGAGAUUUUGAGUGCAUUUUUGGAACUGUUUGCCGAAUAAUAUCUGCAUUUAGAUGUAAUGGGAGGCACACUGCAGCAAUGGGAAUUUCCCCAAGUUAAUGAAUAUUAAUCUAGGACUACAGCAGAACAUUGACACACAUUCAUCAGAGUGCGGAAACCUAGACACACAAACAAGACGAAGAGGCCAUGAGCUCAAAGAGAGGGAGCAAAACUGGGGGGGGGAGGGAGGGGAGAGGAACUAAAGGAUUAUACCAUUUUAUUGUAAUAAUGUGAAAAGCCCAAUAAACCAUGGAUAAAAAAAGGGAAAUGCUCUGAAAUAAUAAUGAAUUUUCAUAAGGAUUUUUUUAAAAUUUAAAAUCACAGACUGCUGCAAAAUGUGGAGAACAAUUUAAGGCUGGAAACAUGGACAACUGAGAAGAUUAUUUGGGUUACCUGAAAUAUAUAUGAAAUUCACAAAUCCUUCCAUUCAUAGUCUGGACUGAGAACAUGGCAUGGAGGAAGGAGUUUUCCUUUCUGUCAUUCCCAAAAGCCUGUAGAGAUUUACUGUUGAACAAACUGGCAUUAGGUGAAUAAUUGCAAUCCCUUUUUUCAUGUCACCACCUGGAUAGGCCCUGCUAGUUCCCAAAACUUUAAAGUGGGGUAGGAGGGGAGCCACCCAGGUGUUGUGGGACUUCAGCUCCCAUCCGCCUCAUCCUGUGUGGCCAGGGGUCAGAGAUGAUGGGAGUUGCAGUCCAGCAACACCUGGAAAUCCCCUUCUGCUUUAAAUAGAUAGAAAUGGACAUGCAUCCCGGCACCACUGGAAUAAGAGAUUCAAAUGAGGUCACAGCCUGGAUUUCAUCUCACACAAUCAAUCAAACUGACUUCCUUAUACAUGCAUUUCCCAGAAUUAAAAGUUAAUAUGCUCCAUCAAUUCAUAUUUUGAGAGAAGGUACUGCUAUGGGGGGAGGAACUAUUUACAUUUUCUUUUACUCUGCGGGAUUGUUUUCUUUAUGCAGUACUUAUCUUGAAUUGCCAAAAGCCCUGCACAUAAACAGGUUUCCAUCUUUGGUUAGCCAUAGGAUGCCAAGAUGCUUUGAUGAAUUUCUCUCCCCUGCCUCCCCCAUUCUGUUCAAGUGCACAGGGAGGUUCUCAACUGCACAGGCUUUUACUCCUUAUAGGAAGCAAAUAUAUAUUACCAUUUGGCUUGUAAAGGCUUUUUACAUGUGGGGAGAGCAGGAUUGCAUGCUAUCCCUUGAAUUUGCGGAGAGCUUUCCAUUUAUGUUCAUUGAGGCAGCUCAGUCCUAUUGGACCUUAGGCUCUCAAUAACUUAUGCUCUGUCAAAUAUAAACAAACACACUAACCUGCUGAGGAUUCCUGAACCACCAAUUUUGAAACGGGUAAUCUGGGGAACUGAAGUAUUGCUAACUAACAGCACACAGCUCUGCAUAGGAUCCAACAUUUGCAAAGGAGCCAAAACCAGCAGUUACCAGGAGAAGAGCUCCCCUGUAUUGCUCUUCAUUGUGAAAUGGUCAGACAUCUAUCUGUCUGGAGACUUCUAUAUUUGAAGACCCAGGAAAACCACCAUAACUUUGCCUCAGUAAUCCUAUGGUAUAUAUGGCUAUACCAGUGAAAUCUCCACUGAUGGUAGAAAAUGUUUCCUUAACACUUGCAGCAUCCGUAGUGUCAAAGAAUGUUCUGCUUUCAUCUAGCAGGCUCCCUAAGAAUGUAGGAACCACCCUACUUAGUAGGCCAUCUUAUUUCCAAUGGUGGUAGAAGCCUCUAAGUUGGAUAUGAAAAUAACACUUUCUCCCUGUAGUCACCUCUGGGGCAAUACAACUGGUUUUCAGAACCCCCUUAAAAGCCACUCUUUACCACCUCCCUCAGUGGGUAAACUAAAACUUCUGAAAUCAGUGAGCAGCCAGCACUUGAACACCAAUUCUUUGCGUUCUGCACACACUGCUUUUCUGCUGUGACAAAUGGGAAUUUGGCCAGCACAUCAAGAGAAUAAACUUCACCAGGCCUGCACACAUUUCUGUCCAUUGUGCAAUUGAUUCUGACACUAAACAUUGUAUUAUGAAUGUCUCCUUCCUUCUCACUGCAGUUUGACACAUAUUUUGAGUAACUAAACAAUAUUUUUAGAGAAACUGUGUAAUUGGAAAUAAGUUUCAUGCCUACAGUAAGCACUCCUCUAUCUGGCAAUUAAAUGCAGAUACUUGAAAUUAAGCAUUUUCUGGAAGAACCCAAGUUUUGUACUGCUUUAGUGGAAGGAAUGAAAAAAAUCUACUCUCUCAGACAAAAAAUGUAAUUUCCAAUAACUGGGCAGACUAAUACUUUACAUGCAGAAAUAAGACCAAUCCAAUGUGAAGUCAGGUCUCACUCGGCUCCAUCUUUAAAGCAAAACAAACCUAGAAAUAUGCAUUAUUAGCUCAAUGAGGCUCAGGUCAUAUUACACCACGUAGUAACUUAGUACAUAAUUUGUUCAAUUCUGGGCAGAGAGAGAUUGAACUGGUUCAGGAAGUUCAAGAACCUGUAGUCUGAAAGACAGAGAAAUAUAUGCCUCCUGAUAUGGAAUGCACUUUUGAGAACCAGAAAUCCCCGAGUUCCUGCCUAGCAGCAUCUCCUGUGCACAGACAUAAAAGAGUCGACCAGGUGCAGCCACCAGAAGGCGGGCUAAGCACCAUCAUGUUUACUGGGACCCCCAGGGCAGUGGGAGCCAGUGUUGCUGACAGAAUAUAUGAGAGUUGAUGAGUUGGUACUCCUGCUUCCAGGGUGACCGGAAUAACAUGCUGGAUCCCAGCGACAGGGAACAGUGGCUAGAGGGCAGUUAUCACUCAUCUUUAAAUAUACAUUCAUGCCAUGUCUGGCUAUCAUCAUAUACCAAGGAGCCAGAAAACACAAUAAACCCAAGCAAACGAACAUCAAGAAGCAAAAGCAAAAGCUUCCAUGGGUUUUCUCAAGACAUGUCAAAUGUCUAUGACAUUUCUUUGUGAAUCACCAGUGCUUCCCAAAAUGACCUCACAAUCUGAGUUUGCUACUCGGACCGUACCAAGAGGCCACUGUUGGGUGACCAUGGGAUCUACAACGGCUUGUAGGAUGAUGUGCUUUCAAAAUCUACCUUGGCCAGAGGAUUGGGUGUGGCAAGAGCUCCCCGUGCCCUGGCUCCCUGCCCUGGUUCUUCUCUGCUCAACUUGCCUGGGGCUUUGGGCUGAUAGCUGCAGAGCUAUCACCUGUUCUGGACCCUGGAUGUGACUGCUAUGCAAGGAGUCCUGCCUUGGUCACUGAGAGCCUUUGGGGUCAUUCUGUUGGUGUUUAAGAGAGGUUAGUAGGGCAGUGCUAAACCAUUUUUAAAAGGCUGAGACUUUUAGCAUUCCCUUCCCCCCCCACAGGUGUUUUGCCCCUUAAAUUCCAGCCAUAAAUAAGUACUACUCUGUUGCAUGAUGACAGAGAGAGGCUGGAGCAUCAGAGAAACAUACUUUAUGAGCAAAUGGCUACCUAUAUCAAGUCAACUCCUGAAACUAUGAGCUUUGUUCGUUUAGCAGAAUAAACCUGAAAGCUAGCUCUUGAAAUAUCCCCUAACACGCUUCUCUAAAAUGCUGAAGGCACCCCUUGAUUUGUUCUCAGUCUAAUAGGAUAUGUGAAGUAUUUUGACUCAGCUCCCUGCCAUUAUUCGAUGCGCUUGGUUUUAAUCAUUACUAAAGUGCAUACAACAAAAUACUAUUGCCCCUCCUGCAAUUUUAUUCAACAUAUAGUGAGCCUGCAAUCCAUUUUCCUGGGAUUAAGCCCCAUUGAAAUCAGUGGGGCUUACUUCUGAGUAGAUAGGAUUGCACUGUAAGAAUGAGGGUGAUCCCCCCCCGCCCCUACUAGAUAUUAUGUCUUCAGAGCUGUAUAAAUAAACUCGAGCUAAAAAAAAAAUCCAGUCAUGAAGGGAACAAACUAAAAAAAAACUUUUUUAAAAAAAUUAAAAAUAGCAUGUAAAAGCCAGCAGAGAAUGAAGAUUCGUAGAUGAGAGAAAGCUUUGAAAUUAUUUACAGUUUUGACUGAGAAUGUAAUAGCCAUGCACACCCGGAAUUUCUAAAACCUUGCUUCGUGUUUCUUCUUUGUGCUACGAAAGCAAUAAGCAGGCCUCACCACAGUCUUUGUCUGCUAGUCCAAGUCAGUCCAGCACUUCUUCCCGCAAUUCCCCUGCCCUGUAAUCUGCUUUCCUUUCUGAGGCAGCACCAAGGCUAGUCACUCCUUCAACAGUUUUCCUGUGAGCAGUUGCACUGAUGAACAAAGUUCCAAAGACUUCACUUUGUUUUGGCAUUUUCCACAGUCAUCUUUUAUAUAUAUCUAUAUUUAUAUAUCAUUAUAAUAAUAAUUCAUUUUACAUUUUAAAUUAUUUUAUUUUGCUGGUCACUUCCAUAUUGCUUCAUUCAGAUUCCAGAAUACAGUUCAGGGUGAGGACAAAAAUUAAAACCAUAGCUUAAGUGCAAAUGAAUUUUCCAGUGAUCUGCCAUGUGCGUUUUCUUCUUUAUGAAUUGAAGUCUGCCUCCUGACCCUGCCUCCUUUAGAACAGGUCACCCUUAAACAAAAACAACCCCAAAACCAUGAAUUAAAAGAACAACAACGAUGGAUUUUCUCCCUCUGUCCAGUCCUCAGUAUUCUCUACUUCUUCCCAACUUUAGCUGAUAAACCAGAAGAAACUGAGGAGAAAAUAGCUACAUUUUGUAUUCAAGAAGUAUAAAACAUCAACAGGAGGCUCUGUGCAUAUAAAUCUUGGUUGGUGGCUUGCCCUCAAAAAAUGAGAUGUUGUUGUUUUCCCUAUAAUUUUGGCCUUUGUGUCCUGAAAUCAUUUUUGCUUUCAAAACAUUUGUUCUCCUAUUGACCUGUAGAAAACCUGUAGUGUCAUGCACAGAAGCAUGAAGAAGUUAGGUCUGUGCAGUUAGAAAACAGACCCCCAACUGCAGAAGUGGUGGAGAACGGGGGAACUGGCCGGAGAGUCAUGUGAUCUUCAGUGUGAUCCCUUUGAUGGAUGGACAGAUGGACGGACACAGUGAACAAGAUGGGAAUGGCAAGCUGGGUUAGCCAUUUUGUUUAUGUGGUAGAAUAUAAAGUGUUAAAGAAAGAAGUUGGAUUCUCAAUCUCAUUACGUCAUCACUCAUGAUAUUAAAAAUGUCCUUUCCUACCCUCUCUUUUCCCUCCCCCUGCCCAAAACCGCACUGCCCCCUCCAGGAUUGCUCCAGUGGCUCUCAGCAUUUCCUGCUGAUAGAAGCUGGCACUGUUGUGACUUUCCCUGCAGCAUCAAAGCUGAAUUGCUACGCAGAGAACUAGUUGGACAGCAGGCAACACCGCCACCGGCUUUUACUAGUAUUCAUUGGCUUGUCUGACCUCCUGGCCCUGCGGGUGCACAGAAAGUGAGAAAUGCCAGCCUUUCUCCCUCCCUCCCUCCCUCCCUCCCUCCCCGCUGCUUCAUUCACUCUUUACUUUUCUUUCUUCCCGGCUUCCUGGAACAAAUGACUUAACUGUGCCUUUCCAUUUGCAGACAACCACCUGCAGGAAGAACUGGCAAGAAAAGGAGAAGAGAGGGUAA